UUACUGCAGGUGAUCUGGAAAUAUUACAGAACAAAAGAUAAAUUAAAACGAUAAGUGAUUUUAUAAUGUAUCGAUGUGUAAAUUGUGGAGCUGAGGUGGAAGAGCUUUAUAGGAGAUACUGUCCAAGUGUUCUAAAGCUUUUAAAAUGUGGAACAUGUGAUCUCUUGGCAGAUAAAUAUAUUGAAUACGAUCCAGUAAUAAUCUUGGUUGACUUAAUAUUGCUUAAAAGACAAGCAUACAGGCAUUUGCUUCACAAUUGUGAUAUAACGCCGUGUUGGAAACUAGUAAUAAUUUUGUGGCUUAUUGAAUCUUUCCGAAAUUUCUUUCUAUGUAACAAUAGCAAUCAGUAUGUUCAAUAUUGGAAGAUAUUUCAACCUAAUUUUAAUGGAAAAUGUAGUGUCUAUCUAAUAUUAUUCAACACUGCUUUCGCUCUCGCUACUUUUGUCUUCGCCGUAAUUUUCUGUACUAAAGUGAAGUGGUAUUUUUACCCAACUAAUUCAAACAAAUGUAGUGUGAUACAGUUAAUGAAAGCUUUAAUCAUUGGUGGAUCUGGAAAAUUAUUAGGACUGUUAGAAAUUACAUGGGGACAUGUUUUUCUAACGCCCCAUUACUUGCUUAUAUUGGGAUAUACUCUUCUUUGCUUACUUACUACCUAUUCAGUGGCAACCAACAAUAGAAGACUGGAAUCUUUAAUAAUUUUGGGAAUAGGCAUAGUGGUUUACAAUUGCACACCUAAUUUUUCCUUCACGACGUUUGAAGUUUUAAAAUUAGUAUAAUUAUUUAUUUUUAAUUGAAUUUGAUUUUGUAAUCCUGUUUGGUAUAAUAUAACAUUAAACUAAACUAAAUAAAUAUAUUUGUAAUAUA